UUUCUCCUCCUGCCAGAAAUCGCUGGUGAAGCCCAGUAUGAAGGUCCUGCUCAUCUCUUUGCUGGGAUGUCUGGUUGUGGCACUGCCAUCAGCCAGCGCUCAAAAGAAAGUCAAAUGGUGUGUGACAACACAAAAUGAGCAGAGCAAAUGCAGGCAUCUCGCCACCAAAGCAGCAGACAUUGAGUGUCAUCUCCAACCCACUGUCAUUGACUGCAUGAGGAGCAUAGCGGCUGGUGGAACGGAUAUUGUUACAGUAGAUGGAGCAAAUGUUUUCACUGGUGGACUAAAUAAUUAUCUGCUCCGUCCAAUCAUUGCAGAGAAAAAAAAAGAAUGCUGUUAUGCUGUGGCUGCAGUAAAGGCUGGCUCUGGCUUCAAUAUCAAUGAGCUUAAAGGAAAGAGUUCCUGUCACAGCUGUUAUCAGAGGUCUGGAGGCUGGAAUACUCCUAUUGGAAAACUGAUUGCAACCAAUAAGAUUACAUGGGAGGGUCCUAAUGAGAUGCCUGUCGAGAGGGCUGUGUCAGAAUUCUUCUCGAGCAGUUGUGUCCCUGGUGUAUCUAAACCCAAAUACCCAAACCUGUGCAAAGCCUGUCAGGGUGACUGCAGCUGCUCACACAACGAGAAGUACUUCGGUGAUGACGGAGCCUUCCAGUGCCUGAAAAAUGAUAAUGGACAGGUUGCAUUUGUUUGCCACCAUGCAAUCCCAGAGAGUGAGAGGCAGAACUACGAGCUGUUGUGCAUGGACGGCAGCAGGAAAAGUGUGGAGGAUUAUAAGACAUGCAACUUCGCCAGAGAGCCUGCCCGCACUGUCAUUGCUCGCACCGAUACUGAUUUACAAUAUGUUUAUGAUGUCCUGAAGCAGAUUCCGGCCUCAGAUCUUUUCUCUUCUCAAGCUUUUGGUGGUAAAGACCUGAUUUUCUCAGACUCUGCGACUGAGCUGAUGCUGCUUCCUAAAAGAACAGACUCCCUCCUCUACCUGAAGGAAGAAUAUUAUGAGGCCAUGCAAGCCUUUAAAGAUGGGAACCCGUCAGCACCUACAAGUCAAACUAAAUUGGCCAUGUGUACCAUUGGCCAUGCAGAGAAAAAUAAGUGUGACAGUUUGGAUCAUGUUAAGAAGUCGUGCAUUUUGGAAGCAUCUGUGGAUGAUUGCAUCGAGAAAAUCAAGCGCAAAGAAGCAGAUUUCUUAGCAGUUGAUGGUGGCCAGGUGUAUAUUGCUGGAAAGUGUGGUCUAGUUCCAGUCAUGGCUGAACAAUCCAAUUCACAAAGCUGCUCUAGUGGUUCAGGAGGGACCGCAAGUUACUACGCUGUGGCUGUUGUGCGUAAGGGCUCAGGUUUAACGUGGAAUAACCUAGAAGGAAAGAAGUCCUGCCACACUGGCCUGGGUCGCAGUGCUGGUUGGAAAAUCCCAGAGUCAGCCAUAUGUGGCGAAAAAGAUAAAUGUACCCUUGACAAGUUCUUUAGCGAAGGCUGCGCUCCUGGUGCUGAUCCUACAUCAAACAUGUGUAAACUGUGUAAAGGCAGUGGGAAGCCUGUUGGAGAUGAAAGCAAAUGCAAACCCUCUGCUGAGGAGCAGUAUUAUGGCUAUGAUGGGGCUUUCAGGUGUCUUGCAGAAAAAGCUGGUGAUGUUGCUUUUAUUAAGCACACUGUGGUCGGGGACUACACAGAUGGUAAAGGAAAGGACUGGGCAAAGGAUUUAAAGUCAGAGGAUUUUGAACUUAUUUGUCCAAACACACCAGACACAACAAUGAAAUACACUGACUUUGAAAAGUGUAACCUUGCCCAAGUGCCAGUUCAUGCUGUGAUUACCCGGGAAGAUGCGCGCAGUGCUGUGGUGUCCUUUUUGUCUGACAUUCAAAGCAAAAAUAAUGACCUUUUCACCUCCAAAGAUGGGAAAAAUCUCCUUUUCACUGAUGGCACUAAAUGCCUUCAAGAGAUAAAAGGAUCUGUGGAUGAUUUCCUGACGAAAAAGUACAUCGAUAUGAUUGAGAGGACCUACAAGACUAGCCAGAAUGUACCAGAUCUGGUGAAGGCAUGCACUUUUGGCAACUGUAUUAGCUCCUAGUACCUAUCUUACGGUCAACAAACACAUCAAACAGUCAGAUGUGAUCAGGUUUCUGUUUUAUCACAAAAGGGGAUGAAAUGAAAUUAAAAAAAUAUUUCUCAAAAUGAUGUUUCUGAGAUUGUUUUUUAAAUGCAAACUAUAAAGUAAUAAAAGAAUAAAAACAUG